AUGCGCGCUUUCCUCCACACCUCCCCCUGCGUCGAUGAGGCCGGACUACUGCAGACAGUUAGACUACAGGCCUCGCUCAAGAACGAGCUGCCACCAAUCCCAAAGUAUGACAACUUUUCCGACAAUGACUUUGUGAGCACCACGAAUGAGUGCCGCUAG